GUCGCCUGGUUGACACACAUGGUAAAACCUUAGAAGAGAUAAAGAUGAAAGGCAAGGAUAGAAAUAGAAUCCCUCGAAAGAAGAUCGAGCUCAAACCGAAGGAUCGUGGUGACCCUAGUAAAGUGGGGGCGAUCGUGGAGACCGGUUUAAAUAUCGAGUUCUUGAAGUGCGGUGUAAGCAUCAUAGACUCCCCUGGAAGAAAUGAAAAUAAAGCGCUGGACAACUUGGUAAAGGAGCAGCUGGAAAAUCCUCUGGCGUUUGUCAUAUACGUGGUGGAUGGACAUAAUCUUUUCACAAAGCAGGAUAGAGAGGUCCUGAAUGAAAUGACAUCCUCAGAGACCGAUUUAUCAAUUUUUUUCGUUGUUAGCAAACUGGAACCAGAAGAUCGUACCGAAUCAUCAGAUGAGGACGAUAAACCAAGAGGUUAUGCAGCAUCAGUGAAGGCGCGGAAAAAGCCAGAGCUCGAAGCACAGAACAGAAAGAAGGCACGGGUGUAUGAGCGGCUUGUCAUAAACGGCCAUUUUCCUUCUCAACUGCCCAUGAAUCAAAACGAGCGAUUCCAUGGGCUGUCAGCUUGGCGCAUCCAGCAGUACCACGCUUUGAAGAAGGAAGAUCCCAAAGCUUCUUUCGAGGAGUUUACAGAUUACACAGAAGCCUUUGAGGGAUUUCAAAACAGCUUGAAAAAGUUCGCUGAAGAAUCCUUACGUGCAAGGGUAGAGUGUGUGUGCAAAAUCCUCGUGCGUGCUCUUUCCAGAUGCUUGGAUUUCUUCAUUCAGAAAGCCAACGUCUUAAAAUGGGGAAAGAAGCAAAUAUUGAAGACGUUGGAAACACUUUUGCACGAGGAACAGCAAGUUCACGAGAACAUAAUCCGCGACCUGGAGGACGAAAAGCGGGCCAUGGAUAUACAAGAGCUGCUCAGUGAUGCCAUAAAUGGAGCCAGAGAAGACAUCCUAAAGGAGGCAGCAGAUUUUGUAUACGUUUUGACCGAAUUCACCAUUCCCUCAAGUGGUCAUGUAAAGGAGAAAGCAGCUGUAGCUCACUGUUUGUACCAGAUUCAGGGGAUGGUGGCCAAUAAACUCGUAGGAGAGAUCAACCAAAACUUAACAAUGAUGUUCCACUCCAGAGAUAUGUUCCUUGUUGGCCUCAAAGACGGCAUGGAGCAAAUUCAAGGAGAAAUUGUCAGAGACAACGACAUUCCACCGGCAGCACUCGCUCUUGCCAAAAGCCUUCUUUCUUCUUACGAAGCUAAAAUCACGUUUUCACAACGCAACAGAGGAGCUCUCCGUUUCACAAAGAAAUUAACGAUUAAGUUCAACGAGGCGAUUCGUACCCCGAUCGACACACAUAUCAAGACCAUCAGUGGAGAGGUUCAAGUUGGCUCGAAGAAAUGGAAGACAAAUGUUGCUUCAGAUGCCCUUGCGAAAGUAAAUCCAUCUGACAUGGCUCAGAAAAUCGUCAACAGCUUGAAACAGCACCUUUGUGACUGCCAUGAAUACUUCACCAAUGAAAUAAGAAAAGUGCAAGACCUGUUCGAUCGUGGAGAGACUAUCAAGGAUAUGCAAAGAGAAACUAUUCUUGGCUUUGCUCCCAAUCUUGCACUUCUUGAGAUAAUGGCAUAUGGUGUCAUGGACAGGUUCAAGUUUGGAUUUCCAGCUAAAGGAGAGCGCAUUGGGACUGGGGCACAGGGUGUAGUCUUCGCCUGUGACAACAUUAAAACUCCAGAAGGAAGGCCCUGUGUUGUUAAGGUGGUAAGUGUCACUUCAGAGGAAGUGCUCAAGGACUUGACCCUGGAACUUCAUAAUACCAGAGCUCUCCACCAUCCGAACAUUCUACCCGUUAUAUGCACCGUAGUGGAGUCCAACCCAACUCGUGGCCUUUCUGUGCAACUUGUCUCGGAGCGAAUGAGAUGCGAUCUUCAUGAUGGUUUAGCGGGUAUACCCUCCUUGAGAAAGAGGCUUGAGGUAGCUCUUGACGUUGCCAAAGCCUUGCAGUAUCUUCACGGAGAGGAGCUGAUCCAUCGCGAUGUUAAAAUGCAGAACGUCUUGUUGGACGAGGAAAACAACGCAAAGUUAACUGAUCUGGGUCUCUGUAAACCCGAGGGUCUCAUCAAUAACUCGUUGGUUGGUACUCCUAUCAACAUGGCGCCCGAAAUGAUGAAACAACAGUACGACAAAUCCAUUGAUGUGUACGCGUUCGGUAUGUUGCUCUGGCGAGUGUGCGAAGGCCAGGGCAACCAACCACAGAAUAUAAACCGCCACUUUCUACCUCUGGUUAUGCUCAUGAUGAAUGCCGUUGAAAACAAGACACCAGAAAGGUUGGACGUGUUUCCAGAACAAUGCUGGCAACUCAUGGAAAGGUGCUGGAAUCAGGAUCCCGAAGCAAGGCCAUCAUUCGACAGCGUGGUUAGGGACUUGCAAGCGUUCCUAGCGGAGAUGACGGAUCAGUAGCAGCCGUUUGGGGCAUUAUUGAUUCUGCACCCAUUAAAAACAAAAUCCUUCAUUUUUUUUAUUUGCACGAAAAACGAGACUAGGCAGUGAUAACGCGAUCCGUGUCUCAGUAUAAACAAAAGCAACUCCACCUUCUGCACAGCUGACGCUAAGCCAUAUCGUACCGAUAAACAGGAAUCCUCACCCACCCCCCUCGCCCCUGGCAUACUUCAAUGUGUAAACGCACGUCACCAAUAUGUGCACUACGAAUAAGGAGCACGCUUGCACAAUUGCCUUUGAUUACACGACCUCUCCGGUAAUGUGAUGCUCAUCUUUUGAUUAAAUUUUGUAUUGUUAGCCCUUAGUAAAGCAUUACCUUUGGUUAAAAUCUGGAUAUGGAUGAAUCCGACGAACUGAAAGUUAUUCAUAGUCGACUGCUUGCAUUUGAUAUGGAAGCAUGAAUUUUGAUGUAUUUUGUGAAUUUUUCUCCUCUUCCGCUGCAAGCACGAAGGGCUAACGCUCGAAACGUCGGCUUUGAAACUCUUUACUGUGGCCAAUUUACAUCAUCAACUCGGUUGAUGAAACCAUCACGAAAACAAGUUCGCCUGUACCUGUCAGAGAGGUUUCAAUAGAGAUUAUCCAUUCCGUUGGGUGUAAUUUGAGCGCUGAGUUUGGAAUAAAUUUACCUGUAAAGUUG